CCAUUACAGCUGAAGUCUGAUCUUUGCUUGAUCUGCUUCUGGGCGCACUCCAGUUCACUCAGUGAGUAAGUAGCUAGCUCGCGAUGGCUCUGGGAAGCGGCAGUGCUCGCGCCGUGCUGGCGCUGGUCCUCCUCUGCGUGCUCCUCCACGGCGAUCUCGCGGAGUCCAAGGUGUACACCGUCGGCGACCGCGGCGGCUGGACCCUGAGCUCCGGCGGCUGGUCCAGGGGCAAGCGCUUCCGCGCCGGGGACGUGCUGCUGUUCAAGUACGGGCGGGGCGCGCACAACGUGGUGGCGGUGAACGCGGCAGGGUACAGGUCCUGCAGCGCGCCCAGGGGCAGCAGAACGUACAGCUCCGGCAACGACCGCGUCACGCUCGCCCGCGGCACCAACUACUUCAUCUGCAGCGUCCCCGGCCACUGCGGCGCCGGCAUGAAAAUGGCAGUCAACGCCGCCUGAUCGCUGCAUCGUCUGGCAGGCAGGCCACUGCGGCGCCGGCAUGAAUCCUGAUUCAUCCAUCGUCUUGAUCGCCAGCCGGCCGGCCGAUGCUUAGCUUUGAUGUACUUCCCUUCUUCAAGGUAACUGUGCCUGUUCAAUAAUGGUUUUGUACCGAGUUCCUGGGUCUUUAGGUCUGGCCGAUUGCCACUUGAGAGAAAUAUUAGUGUGUUGCUAUCUUGAUGUGUAUGAGAAAAUGAGUAAUAAAGCCAUACAGCUAGCUGUGUUGGA